ACACACACACACACACAUCCACACGCACGCACACACACAUACACACACACACACACAAACACACACAAACCAUACACAAUACCUGCACAUACACAACGUGUCCAAUGAGCUUAUGUUCUCUUUUUUAUAUGGCUUUCAAUAAAUUAUUAUGUGCCAUACCAUGUCAACCCACUCAGAGGAAGAGAUUGGAUUAUAUAACAAAGCCAAGCAGGCAGACAAUAUACAGAUUGAACAGAAUGAGGAUGCAGUAUCAUGAAGUAAUUCCCAACUCAGAAAUAAAGUGUAGUACAAAUAACAAAUAAAACAACACGAAGUAAAUGAAACCAUCAUACCCACUAAAUGAGCUUUCAUAACUAAAUGAGUUAUCUUGUUAAAUAUGAGCUUGCCAUACCCUGCAGAUCUGUGCAGCUAUUUAAAGGCACAGACGUCUUAUAUAUUUCCACACUACGAGGUUAGAAAAAUACUGUGAAAUUGUGAAAAUUAUUAUAAUGCCCUUUUAGUGUAAGAGCUGUUUGAAUAGACCACCUAAAAUGUCAGCCUGUUUUGGUGGGAUGGCAUUUUGGCCUGCCUGGUGACACCACCAGGUGGUAAAUGUGUUAAUAGACCAAUAGCAAAGAGUGUUCCAAACCUCUCUGCCAAUGACAGCUAAUUUCAGUUUUCCCCUUCCCACUCAAACCACUACCAGACAGUCGUAGCAAAAUUCUUCUUUGAGAAAUUGCUCUUUGCUAAGAAGCUAUUUUUGUUUCUUUUUGACCAUUUUAAUUUAAAACAAUUACAGCAAGGUACAUCAUUAUUACCCAGAAAUGAUUUGAUAUUGAGAUUAACGGCUUCAAACCACUCGCUGAGUAAACUUGCCUGCAAAACAGAAAAUGACUGUUAACUCCCAGAGCUGAGGUCUAUAGACUUUAGCUUGGUAAACUAACAUAGUCUUGUGUUGUGCAAAACACCCGGGUUUGAUACCCAGUUGAUUGCAUAAGUUCCAGCCAUAGGACCAAAGCCAGGAACACUGUGAACAACACAGCCAGGUCACCCAUGAUGCCAAAUCAGUGGUAGACGUAAAUCCAUAUCUGAGGACGUCAGGGGAUUAUGUGGAAACCAUCCACAAGGGGCAACAGUGAGCGGUGUUAGUUUCAAGUAGGUUUAUGUUUUUGAUGUGGACAGGGAUGGGUGUAAGGAUCUGCUUCUGGUGCCAAAGGUUGCAUGUUCAAAUCCAGCUGUAGAAGUUGUUUUUUAGAUUUUUGUCCCUUAACUUAAUCAUUCAGAGUUAAUGCCUAAUCAUCUGCCUCUGGUGCCAGGUUGCAAUUUUGAAUCUAGCAAUAGAAAGUUGUUGUUUUUAGAUUUUUUUCCCCCAAACCUUAACCCUUACCAUAGCCCAUUCGGAGUUAAUGCCUAACCUUAAGAUUUUGGAGUUAAUGCCUAAACCUGGCCCUAACCUUAAAAAUUCAGAGUUAAUGCCUUAACCUGGCACUAACCUUAAAAAUUUAGAGUUAAUGGCUGAACUUAACCUUAAACACUUUGAAAUUUGACAUUGGGAACAAAUGUAACCCUGGAGGUGCCUUGAUAGAUAGAGACCUGGGUGAAGGGUUGACAGCCUCAGAUUCACCGAGAGGUGUUGACCAACGUGACCAUCUCCACAGCGGGAGCCGUCUUGCGCUCUGGCUGUUGUCAGAAUUAAACGUUUGUCCAUGUUCGUCCAUCUUUCUCAAGCGUCAAAUUUCGAUUGAGAAAGAUGGACAAACAUCUAAUUCUAACGUGAGACCGUGAGAGCUUGUUGCAGCCAUACGGCUCCCGCUGUGGAGAUGCUCAUGUUGUUUUGCAUCUUAUCUACCGAGAGCAUGCAUGGGCAGGCUUAGAUGAAAACAUCUCUCUGUGAAUCUGAGGCUGUCAACCCUCCACCCAGGUCUCUAUCUUCUAAGGGACCACCAGGGUUACAUUUGCCUGCAUGGAAAAUUAAAUGUUUUAAAAUAUUUUGUAACAGAAAGCGAAAAUAUGUGCUUGUUAUUUGACAGGUCCAGGUAGUCCCUCACCGUUUCAGUCCAUUUCCUUUGACCUUUUCUUCUACCUGGGUCAUUCCUCAUGACCCAGGAGGAGGUUUACAAGCACUACUGAGAUUCAAUCAGCAUUGAGACACUGUAUGGACAUGAUACGAUAACAACUAUUGAGUAUAGCAAUGCACAAACUUGAUAGCAUUUUCCUGACAUUGAUUGCUGUUGAUGUGCACAGAGACAACGGCUCACGUGCACUUGCUCAUAUGGGAGCACACCUGACCUUGUUCCAGUCUGUAACACUCCCCCCACACUGCCGUAGGCCACUCCCAAAGUAAACAACAUUGACAUUUUUUAUGUUGCAGGAGGAAAACCUUCCUAUUGCACUCUCGGAAGAUGCUGAACAUAGAACUGUCUGCAAAUUUAAUUGGCCCAAUUUAGCCUGUUUCUUCCUUGCAGUAAUUUUCCUCUGUUGCUAAGUCUGUUGCUAGGGCAUUGUUUGGUGGGUAGCUCUGUGACUGUGCCUGCUGCCUAAUCUGAUUCCACUCUGAAGCUGUGUGCUUGUGUGCCAGCUAUCCAGAGGCGGGUAGAAACAAAAGGAAAACAUAUCGAGGCAUAAAAUGCUGUCGUACUGCUGUUUUAUUGUGAUGCUAAUGACACACUUCUCAGUUGCCUUAAGAGGUACAAAAAGCUGAACUAAUUUCAGGUGAACAUUUGGUGUGUUCUCCUAUCAGGGCUGGGGGACAUAGAAGAAUAAAAGUACAUACAAUCUGGUGUAAAACCUGUUUUCAAGUAUUAUUUUUUGUGGUUUAACUGUUUAACUGAUUUCUUUGCCCUUACUUGCUGAAAACGUACCUGUAGUGGAAGACAUGAUGGUCAGGCUACACAGUGUAUUUCAAGAGGGGUGUUUACUUAGUGACAGGGACAGCUGCUAUAUUUACCAACAUCCUGGGUGCCAUGCAGUCAGAAUAAAGAGAGAGCAUCUGGACUGUAAGGGGGGGAAAGAAGUCUGGAUUCAGGAAAGCGAUAACGACCUUAGGGGUCAAUUACGUCAUUCUUGAUAUAAAAAAAGGAGAAGGCCAAAGACGUACACACUUACAUAACCAACUCCUUUAAGCGAUGAUGCUAAGCUGCACAACAUUCAACAGUAGAGAGGGAAUGGAUAAAGAAUGGAGGUAUGUUAUAAUGUGCAGUCGGGCAUUAUGUGAACCUUGAAUUAUUCAGCCGUCAAACAUCAAUAAAACAAACACUUUUGUGCAUGUACUGGAGCCUGGAGGCCUUUGCAUGUCUAAGUCAAAAAUGGAGAGGGUGAAUUGAACUACCUGUAUAGGGUCCGUGAAAAUCGAUAUACAACCCAAACAUUGUACACUAUUAUUCUGUAAUUCUUAUCUGAAUAUUCAGUCAGCGGUUUUCCGCUGUUUUCCACCUGGUGGGACGACAUCAUUUAGAAAUACAUGAAUACAUUAAGAGUUAGAACCCCACCCAGUUCCUAUCUGCAGCGUCAUUCACAGCUAGAUUUCAAUCAUCAUUCAAUUACAUCAAUACGUAAUCGGAUAAUGCGUUUUUAGGUUGUUGCAUUUUUCUGUGGCACCUGCAUGUGAACGACAGUAAGCUUUGGUUUUAUUGGAUGUAAGAAACGGUCUCAUGCCUUUGUUCCAUGUUUGAGGAAAUACAUGCAAAGUAUUUUCAAGUAAAACAAAAACAUUUUCCAUCUGGUAGCCUAUUUUUGAUGUGGGUCUCACUGGUUUAAUGACCAAGGUCCAGUCAGUGUCUGUGCCAUCUGUGCCAGGCAGGGGUGGACGUGGGCGGGGGUGACAUGAUUUUACAUAACAGAUUCCAGACAGAGUCGCCCCUUGUUCGUAAAGGGUACCGUGCCAGUGCGCCACGUCAUGAAGCCUUGGACAGAAAUACAUCUCACCUAGUUUUACUUUUCUCACAGAUCCAAAGGGGAAAAGGCAGUGUUAAGCACCAUGGGACCAUUCCAGGAAUACGAGGAAAAGAAGUCGCCAGGGAAGGAGAGCCCCCGCAGCCGCAUCCCACGCUUGAUCCUCCAUCCUUUCCAGCCUAAUGAGAAAGGGUCGCCCCUGUCCGAAUCACCCAUUUCAGAGGAGGAGGGUAAGGACUGUGACAUCAGCUCGGACAACUCCAAACGGACCAUCAGCACCAACAGCUUUUGCUCUGAUGACACCGGCUGCCCCAGUAGUCAGUCUGUGUCCCCCUCCAAAACCCCAUCAGGCUCAGACAACAGUCCGCAUGGCUCCCCCACGCCCACCGCCGAGUGCAAGACCAAGGUGAAGAGGGUGAGGGUGAUGGAAGAGUGGCACACACCCCCGCCAAGGCACAAGAGGGAGCAGCGAUCGUCCACAUUGCCCAGAGGUAGUGAGGCAGACUUCAGCUCCUCCAGCAGCACUGGCAGCCUAAAGCGAGGGGGGAGCCUGGCCCACAGCUCCACGGGGAAGAAGAUCUCCUCACGCAGUCGGGGUGCCCACAUCAGGGGCCUCCCUGUGUUCAAGCUGGCAGGGAUCCCCUCAGCAUCCCGUGAUGCAGAGCUCUAUGCCCCGUACAGGACAGUUCCCUCAUCCACCACCAACAGCAGCAGCAACUCUAGCCCCACGGUACCCUCCAGAAGGAUGACCCCCAGAAGAUACCACUCCUGUGGGGACAACCAUGGCAUCAGACCCCCCAAUCCAGAGCAGUACCUCACCCCCCUGCAACAGAAGGAGGUGGCCAUCCGCCACCUGAGGAGCAAGCUGAGGGAGGUGGAGAACACAGUCCACGACAGGGAGUCUGAGAUUGAGAAUCUCAAAUCCCAGCUGGGACGGAUGAGGGAGGACUGGAUCGAGGAGGAGUGCCACCGCGUCGAGGCACAGCUGGCCCUAAAGGAGGCACGAAAGGAGAUAAAGCAGCUCCGGCAGGUUGUGGAGACCAUGAAGAGCAGCCUGAUGGAGAAGGACAAGGGCAUCCAGAAGUACUUUGUCGACAUCAACAUCCAGAACCGCAAGCUGGAGUCCCUGCUGCACAGCAUGGAGAUGGCCCAGAGCGGCUCCACGCUGCAAGACGAGCCAACCAUGGACUUCAUCUGUGGCGACUCCGACUCCCCUGUCAACGACCAGCAGGGGGAGGUGGGUGACCAGGCGGUGGAGGAGAUGGCGGACAGUGGGCUGCUGGUCAACUACAACCUGGAGCACGUGCUCAUGUCCACGGCGGUGGACUCUAGCCACGACUCUAGCGGUAAGCUGCGCUGCCACCCAGAGGCUGGUCCAGGGGUGUCCACUCUACUCCACAGUCUGGAGGAGAAGGUCACACCACUGCCUCCACCACCCUCCAACACGUUCUGCUGCAGCACACUCCCCUUCCCUGCUCCAGAGGACAAGGCCGUUCAGACCGAGGUGGUGUCCUUCCCUCCUGACCUGCACACCCUCCUGCUGCAGCUGCUGAAGCUCCAUGGUGGUGCAGUUGGAGAUGCUCUCCUCCCAGCUUCUACCAGCCUCCUAGAAAUCCCAGCACUGCAGGGCCCAGCCUCGGCCCCUAUCCCAACCAGCCCUAACCAGUCCACCUUAAGCCUGCCUAGCCCCAGCCAGCCCACACCAGUUUUGCCAGUGAGCCCUGACAUGUCCAGUGAUUCAGGCCUGUGUUGCUCAGACCCUGAGGUGAUUGUCUCCAUGCGCUUCAUGGAGGAGCUGGAUUUUGAGGUGAGCAGUGAGGAGCCCUGCAGGGCCCCCGAGAUGGACGUGGUCAACAAACGCUAUUGGAGCAGCAGCUUCCUUGUCGAUCUUGUUGCUGUGGCCGUACCAGUGUUGCCCACGGUGGCCUGGCUGUAUUCCCGGCAUGGCGUGGAUGGGGCGGCGCCAGUCUACAACAUCGCAGCACUGAUCCGUGGCUGUUGCAUGAUGGGCUUGCACUCUCUCCGUCAUGUCACUCAUCAUCAUGGGGCAGAUGUGUAACGAACGGCCUCUGACCCCCGCAUGCACAGCCCGACCCCCUCAACUUGAAGCACUUAAACAUCAGUUAAUCAAAGAGUAUUUGUGAAAAUCUUUAGUUUUUCUACACUUGUGAAUAUUAAAGCUACAGUUAUUAAUUUAGGUUCCCACGCGGUUACUUUGCACUGUGUACAGUUGUUGUGAGUUAUGUGAAAUUUAUGGUGAAGGGAUUUUAUUUACUUUUCCAUCUGUUCUGUUAUCAUAAUUGUGUCUAAAUGGAUAAUCUGAGUAGGUGGUUAUGCAUCAUUGAUGUCCUGGGCUGGCACUAGUUACCCCUACUUAAAGCAACUAUGUUAUUUUUCUGAAAGUAUUAGGACUUCUGAGGGUGGGGAUGAAAUUGAAUGUUAGUUUAAGCCUGUGUUUGUAAUGGUUUAUGUAAUGGUUUAUGUUCCCCAAUCUUAAACCUGCAGCCAAAGCUUCAUUAGUGAACGUUCACUCUUAAUGUUUAUUUUUCUACCUGGGAGUAGAGCUUUUUACGUACGUGUGUAAUAAUAAAUUGUUGAUGGGAGUAUGAGCUCAAUGCUUCGAAACAUCCCAUACUCGUUUGUGCCUGAGCUACUUUGUGUAAUACUCAUAACAUCAAAUGUCCUAAUAUAUUUAUUAAAGCAUGAUAAUCCAAUCCA